AUGGCUAGUGAAGAACAAGCCCACCACAAUUGCUGCUUCCGGGAAUGGCUCAUACUUCAAGAGCAAGACCUCUUAGAACUCAUCCGUGGCCAAACAGCCUACACGGGCAGCCCUGAUCACCGAGUCUUACUGAGCCAACUCGUCCACAAGAACAUCCAACACUUCCAAGACUACGUCGACAAGAGAAGCCAACUGGCCGGCAGAGACUCCUGGGCCUUCUUCGCCCCCUCUUGGUGCACGUCACUUGAGAACUCCCUCCUCUGGAUCGGCGGCUUCCGGCCGUCCAUGUUCAUCCGGCUCGUCUACUCGCUGUGUGGGCCGUCGGAGAUCGAAUCACAGCUCGACGAGUUCCUCCGGGGGGUGGGAACCACCAACCUCGGCUGGCUCUCCGGGGAGCAGUUGACUCUGGUGGACAGGCUGCAGCGCAAGAACAUUAAGGAGGAAAACAUGCUGUCGUCGCGGAUGGCGAGCUUGCAGGAAAACAUUGCGGAUGACCCGCUGGCGGCGGUGGCGAGGAGUCUGAGUCCGAUAGGUGAGUCGGAUGUUGACACGGACAGGGCGCUCGAUGCCCAUGCAAAGGCCAUGGCAAGUAUGCUGGGAGAGGCUGAUCAGCUAAGACUUAGGACGCUGAAAGAUCUGAUGGGUAUACUAACGCCAUUACAGGGUGUGGAGUUUCUGGCUGCAAGCAAGAAGCUUCAGCUUUCCAUGCAUGAGUGGGGCAAGAAGAUAGAUCACUCGCUUGGUAGGAACUAA